AUGGCUGGUCAUGCUCACUCAGCUGAUGAUGAUGGUCCUGACCUUGAUCUGGUUUCUGGCUCCGACAUCGAGGCUCCUUCUGGAUCUGCUGCCGGCACUCCGGUCCCUUCAGGAACGCCGCCUGCCUUCGACAAUGAUGACAUAUGGCUCUUCAGUCCAGAGUCUGGACCGCUGUCCAUGGUGCUGAAAGUACCUGAAGCUACUUCUGGGGACACAUUUCAGAGUCGGGACCAGUUCAUUGGGGACAAAGCAGAUUUUUGGGAGCGGGAAGCGCUGAGAGUCAUUCCUCUGAAGGAGAUUCACAAAGUGCAGGAGUGUAAACAGAGCGAGCUGAUGAUGAGAGACAAUCUGUUUGAGAUGGUGACGAGCUCCAGAACCUUCUACAUGCAGGCUGACAGCCCCGAGGACAUGCACAGCUGGAUAAAGGCGAUCUCAGGAGCCAUCGUGGCUCAGCGAGGACCCGGACGCUCCGCUAACACUGAGCGCAGUGACCACCCCUCUCCCUCCCCAACGUCUUCCUCCUCCACCUUCUACUUCGCCCUCGACCAGGAGCUACACGUCCCACCACCACCACCAUCCUCUUCCUCCGGCCGUCCCUCAGCGGGCGCUCAGCCUCACGCUGGACACGCACCACCACCACCACCACCAGGACAACUUCCUGGGCCUGUUGCCGUGGAGACUGAGCGGCGUCCAGACGGUGAUGAUGCCCCUCCCCACCGCCCGCUCCCGCCUGUCGCUGCAGGAGACGGUGCGGUCGUCAAAGUAACGGCGAAGAAAGCGGAGGAGAUGGAGGAUGAGUCGCCGUGGAAACGCCGUAGUGGAAUCGCCCAGUUUGGAUAUGACGCUGGAUGCGGAGGUGAGGAGGAUUCGGACCUGCAGAUGUCCUUGAUUUGAUGGCGAUGAUGAUGAUGAUGAUGAUGAUGAUGAUGAUGGUGACUGACAAUCUCUUAACACACACUUCCACACAAUUUUCUUCACACACUGGGACAGAAAACAUCCCGACUUUCCCCAAAUUAUCCCUCCACAAAUCUUCCUUGGGACCAGUUGUUUUUUUAAAAUC